AUGGGUAUUCCUGGAAUGAGAUUCCAUCCAACUGACGUCGAACUGAUCAAGUAUUAUCUCAGAAGGAAAAUGUUGAAGAAACGACUUCCGGGUGUUAUUUCUGAAGUUAACAUUUACGAUUUCCUUCCAUGGGAUCUUCCAGAUAAAGCUUGCUGGAAGAGUAGCGAUCUAGAAUGGUAUUUCUUUUGUCCUAAGGUGAAAAGGUAUUCGAGCGGAGUAAGGGCAAAACGUUCUACCGAAAAGGGAUAUUGGAAAUCUACCGGAAAGGAUAGGAUUGUUCGGCAGAAGAAUGGGGGGAGCAGGGGGGAAACUGUUGUUGGGAUGAUCAAAACUCUGGUUUUUCACCUUGGCCAUGCUCCCAAAGGGGAAAGAACGGAUUGGAUCAUUCAUGAAUAUAGAACUCAUCAAGAUCCAUCAUUGACUGCUGCAGGGGUUGUUGAUCUGGAUUUGUAUGUUGUAUGCAAAUUGUUCAAGAAGAGUGGUUUAGGCCCUAAAAACGGUGAACAACAUGGAGCACCAAUCAACGAGGAAGAAUGGGACGAUGACAACAUUGCAGAAGUCUUCUUGAAUCAAUCCUCCUCGUCGUCGGAACUUCAUUCUUGUGUUGAAGAUGAUAUUCAAGACUCCUCCUCCCCCCCUGUUAAGCCUGAAAAUCUUCUUUGCAAUGAAGUUGUUGAUCAUGUACCUGCUGCUGCUGGUAUAGGAGAAGGAGGAGUUGGGAAUGCUAUAAAUCAUGACAUAUUUGUUGAUGCUCAUGGUCAUGGUCAUGGUCAUGGUCAUGGUCAUGGUCAUGGUCAUGGUCAUGGUCAUGGUCAUGGAGGAGGAGGAGGGGAUGAUGAAAGUGAUAUAUUUGCUGGAUUAGAAUUCUUGGAUGAGUGGAAUGGUCAUUUCAACGGUGGAGGUUUCUCUGAUUUGCUUAAUUUUUCACUCAUUUGA